AUGAUCGCAGUCAACUCUCGCCUGCGAACGAUCCUGCCCCUAGCUGCUCUCUUCGCCCUAAUCCUCGUUCUUCAUACCAAGACCACGCCACCAUCUUCGAGUGGCAAGGACAACAAGCAAUCGCUCUCCUCCGAGACCCCAGUCUACAAGCCAGCGCCGACGUACACCUCGCCUCCGGUAAUCGACCCCUUUCCCCUCCUCGCCAACACCGACUCGCCGCCCCCCUCGAUCCCCGCGCACAACGUCCCGCGCAACGGCCUACACAAAGACUACGGUCUCGAUGCGCAGCCCCCGCUCUUCAUCGGUUUCACCCGCCAGUGGCCUAUCCUCCUCCAAUGCGUCGUUAGCUACAUCACAGCAGGCUGGCCGCCCUCCAGCAUCUACGUCCUCGAGAACACGGGUGUCCAGUUCGCCAACGCCCAGGGCAAACUCUCUCUCCAGAACCAGUUCUACCUGAACCACACGACGCUCAAGCGACUAGGGGUCAACGUCAUCCAGGCACCUGCCCUGCUCUCCUUUUCGCAGAUGCAGAACAUGUUUUUGCACGAGGCGCACAAGAACAACUGGCCAUACUACUUUUACUCUCACCAGGACGUUCUCGUCUUUUCCUUUGAGGACGGCAAGGACGACGUCCACCGGCCCGGGGAUCGAACAUGGGAGUUCUACGAUGAGGAGGAACAAAAUGAUAUCAUGAACCCGGCCGCGGCGGGACAGCAGGGCUACCGCACAAUAUACGAGAACUGUCUGCGCGAUCUCGAUACCACAUUAAAGCGAAAGGAGAAAUGGGGAUUUCGCUGGUACCAAUACGACCACUUGACGCUGGUGAACCGCGCCGCAAUGGACGCCAUUGGUGGGUGGGACUCGCUGAUCCCAUACUACGCGACCGACUGCGACAUGAACGCGCGCCUGGCCAUGGACGGCUGGACGAUGAAGCACCGUCGGGCGGGUAUCAUCAACGACAUCUCGACUCACCUCGAAGAUCUUUCUGUCCUGUACAGGGUUCCGGGGACGGUCCCGAAAAUGGUCGACCCGAACCCCCCACCCCCGCCUCCGCCCCCGCCGCUGGCCGAGAAGAAGCCCGAGGACGAGAAGACAAAGGGCGACAAGCGAGACGACGAGCCCGCGGCGAAUACCACUGUCGUCAACGAGGCGGAGUACUUCCGCGCCGUGGUACAGACGGGCCUGGAAAUGACAGACUACAAGUACAGAGACAGCGACCACAACCGCAACUCGUGGCAAAAGAGCCAGCACGGCGGCGAGGGUGAGCCGUAUUACUACGACGCCGCCGGGUUCGCAGAGGCAUUUGAGGUGCUCGUCGCUGCUGGGCGCCGGGUCUUUGAGCUGAAGUGGGGCCGCGGCGGGUGCGAUAUCGCCGAGGGGUUCGGGCUGAAGAUUACGGACCAGUGGCGCGUCUUGCCUCCGGAGAAGAAGGAUAGAUGA